GAGAGCGAGAUGAAAGGUAAUGAAUGGAAUGAGAGAGAGAGAGAGUGAGAGGCAUAUGCUUUCUCCCAUCCACUUCCUCUCUAUCUCAAAUGGAACUCGAAUCUGGAGUUUCAGCUUCUCAGAAGAAUCCCUCUCAGUUGUCAUGGGUAAAUUUAUCUAAAGAUUUAUUGUUAGCAUAUCAAAGCUUUGGUGUAGUGUAUGGAGAUCUAAGCACAUCACCUCUCUAUGUUUAUACAAGCACAUUAUCAGGAAAGUUACAGAGCCACCUUAAUGAAGAAGUUAUCUUUGGGAUUUUUUCGUUGAUUUUCUGGACCCUCACAUUAAUACCGUUGCUUAAAUAUGUAGUCAUCAUAUUAAACGCUGAUGAUAAUGGUGAAGGUGGGACAUUCGCUCUUUAUUCGCUGCUCUGUAGGCAUGCAAAUAUUAGCUUACUCCCUAAUCAACAAGCAGCUGAUGAGGAGAUGUCAUGCUACAAAAAUGGUCUCUCACCAGAGGCUGCGGAAUCAUCUUCAUUGAAGAGGUUUUUGGAGAAUCAUAGAAGUUUAAAAACAGCCCUGCUGGUUGUGGUGUUGCUAGGUGCUUGCAUGGUCAUAGGUGAUGGUGUGUUUUCUCCAGCAAUUUCAAUUCUAGCAGCAGUAUCAGGAGUUCGAGUUACCAAAACAAAAUUCACUGAUGUUGAAGUUGUCCUGAUAGCAUGUGUCAUAUUGGUUGGCCUAUUUGCUCUCCAACAUUAUGGCACACACAAAGUUGCAUUUGUGUUUGCACCUGUAGUAAUCAUCUGGCUUGCAGCCAUUUUUUCUAUUGGACUUUACAAUAUAAUAUAUUGGAAUCCAAAAAUAUUCCAUGCUAUAUCCCCACUCUAUUUAAUCAAGUUCUUUAUCAAGAAUGCUAAAGAAGGUUGGAUUUCACUUGGAGGGAUGCUUCUGUGUAUUACUGGAACUGAAGCUAUGUUUGCGGAUAUUGGUCAUUUUACUACAUUGUCAAUAAGGCUUGCCUUUGCCUUUGUUAUAUACCCUUGUUUGGUAGUGCAAUACAUGGGCCAAGCAGCUUUUUUGUCGAAAAACCUUAACUCUGUCCAUAAUAGUUUUUAUGACUCUAUACCUGAACCUAUACUUUGGCCAGUUUUUGUUAUUGCCACCCUUGCAGCUAUUGUUGGAAGUCAAGCUGUUAUUACUGCCACUUUCUCCAUCAUCAAGCAGUGCCAUGUACUUGGUUGCUUUCCACGAGUCAAAAUCGUACACACCUCAAAGCAUAUGUUUGGACAAAUCUACAUCCCAGAAAUCAACUGGAUACUUAUGAUCUUGACCCUUGCUGUAACCAUUGGAUUUCGGGACACAACCUUAAUUGGAAAUGCUUAUGGCCUUGCUUGUAUGACGGUUAUGUUUGUGACUACAUUUCUGAUGGCACUAGUCAUAAUGUUUGUCUGGCAGAAAAACAUUCUGAUUGCCACAAUAUUCCUUCUGUUUUUUUGGGUGAUAGAGGGUUUAUAUCUAUCUGCAGCAUUGAUAAAAGUGUUUCAAGGAGGAUGGGUUCCUCUUGUCUUAUCUUUCAUCUUCAUGCUUGUUAUGCAUGUAUGGCAUUAUGGCACUUGUACCAAGUACAACUACGAUCUAAGCAACAAAGUUUCAUUGAAAUGGUUACUGGCUUUGGGCCCUAGCCUUGGUGUUGCCCGUGUCCCCGGGAUUGGUCUCAUCUACACAGAACUUGCAACAGGAAUACCUGCAAUAUUUUCCCACUUUGUAACCAACCUCCCUGCAUUUCACAUGGUGUUGGUCUUUGUUUGUGUGAAAACAGUUCCUGUUCCACAUGUAUUAACCAAAGAACGUUUCCUAAUCGGGCGAGUUUGUCCGAGACCAUAUCGAAUGUAUAGGUGCACUGUCAGAUAUGGAUACAAGGACAUUAGAAGGGAUGAUAGAGACUUUGACAACCAUAUCAUACGAUGUAUAGCCGAGUUUAUCCAAAUAGAGGCGCAGGAAUUACAACUCUCGAUUUCUGAAACUUCUUCAUUCGAUGGAGGGACAACUAUUAUAAGUGUUAGAAGCUUCGAAUCAGUUUCAAGUUGGACAGUGUCUGAGAAUGAAGAUGUUGGUGUGGACAACAACAUUGCUAGUGGUAGAUCUUUCUCUCGACAACCAUCGAUUUCCACUUAUGACAAAGAAAACCCACAUUCAAGAAGGCGCCACGUUAGUUUCCUGGUACCUGAUGAUCCUGCAUUGGAUCAUGAAGUUAAGCAGGAGCUUCUUGAUUUAGCUCAAGCUAUGGAGGCUGGGGUUGCAUAUAUAAUGGGGCACACACAUGUGAAGGCAAGGAAAUCAUCCUCAUUAUUGAAAAGGCUUGUGAUCAAUGUUGGGUAUGCAUUUCUUCGAACGAAUUGCAGGGGUCCAGCUACGGCUCUUAACAUUCCUCACAUCAGUCUCAUUGAAGUUGGAAUGAUAUAUUAUGUGUAGUUGGUGGAAGUAAUCAUAGUAGGACUUACAAUUAAUUAGUCAAGAUCACCAACAGUUCAACAAGAACAACAGGUGCAAAAUUUUUAGUUACAUUUUGUUUCAUUAUUUAAUGCAUGUAAAUUGUUUUUGAUGGUGAGGAUUUCUUUCAAUUGAAAAUUCAAAUCCAAAGAACCCAAUCCA